AUGUCGACCAGCGAGCCUACAGACCUUGCUGCACAGGCAACGGCAGCAGCUGCCACCGAAUCAAAUCAACAGUUCACAAUCGAAGUUUGGACGCUGUACGGAAUCGGAGUCGCUGUGACUGUCCUCAGGACGUACGCCAGAGCCAAAGCCGUGGGGUUUCGAAAUUUCCGGGCUGAUGAUUACCUCGUAUGGGGAGCAAUCCUAUUCUACACAGUCCUGUCAACCCUGGCCUACUCUAUUGGCAACAUUGCCAACGGCCUCGCCAACAAUGGCAUGACAGAUUCAGAGCGAGCAGCACUGUCCACUAGUGAUCCGGAAUAUCAACUAAGAGUCACCGGGUCGAAGAUCCAGAUUGCCGGGUGGACCACGUAUUGGGUACUCAUCUGGCAGCUGAAGCUCGCGAUGUUGGUCUUCUACCUUCGGCUCACGGAAGGUCUAGGUCGUCGAUACCGCAUGCGUAUCUUGAUCGGUUUCGGCCUUGUGAUUGGGACAUUCAUCGCCUCUCUUGGGGCGGUUUUCUUGUCUUGCAGACCGGUCAGCAAGUAUUGGCAAAUAAGCCCGGACCCCGGCAAUUCCUGUCAAGCUGCCGUCUCGUUACCGAUAAUCUGGACAUCCUUCGCUACAAAUGCCUUGACCGAUAUCUACCUUAUAUUGAUCCCUAUUCCUCUACUGUGGGGGACUACUUUGCGGCUUGUUAAAAAGAUCGCGUCGACAAUCGUGCUCGGCGCAGGCAUUUUCGUCCUGGUCUGUGCCACGCUCAAGAGCAUCUUCGUCUUCGUGGAUCCCGUCAAUGGUGCCCAACUUGCCGGCAGUUGGGGCACUCGGGAAAUCUUCGUCGCAACCGUCACUACAAACCUUCCCAUGAUCUUCCCACUCAUCAGAACCCAUGUCAAGCCUCUUUGGCCCAAUUUCUUACGCUCAACGAAGAAUCCCAAAAAGGUCUACAGGACAACAAGCGGCUUCCGAACUAUCGGAGUCAGCCACGGAGAUUCUAUCCGUCGCACUGGCCCUCCUGGCGCAAACCCUGUCGCCUCCAUUGUGACUUUUACCGAAAGCAAAGAGCGCAUAAUGAGCAACGUUCAAAUGCAAAAUCUAGAAGGCUUUUUAACGCCCACAUCAGGGAAGCUGCCGAAUGGUAUCGUGGUAUCGAACGAGGUUGAGGUCAUCACCGAGGAAAGAACCAGCCAAUUUGGUGGACAGAGCCAUCAACGAGCAUAUGAAGCUUGGUAG